CCGCCAACCGGGAAUGCGCGUCGGGCCUCGAUGCGGCAGCCUGACUGGAAGCGGGCGCGGCGUGCGGCGUCGCAGGAAUUGCUGGUCCUGAAGCGCCCUGCGGGCGUUGACCCGGUUUUCCCCUGGCUCCCCUUAUAAUAAUAGGAAGAGCCCUGCGCCACCAAUGCGGAGCCAACCCACACUGAGGCCGCCUAGGAGAUUUUUGGCGUCGCAAUGGCCUGCAGGGUCAGCGUUAGCGUCCUUCCCUCCUUUCUUCUACCUGUACCUUCUCCGAUGCUAGCUAAAGGCAGUCGUUACUCUGUAGGAAAGAAAUGCUACAAAGACAGGAAUCUUUGCUUUGUCCACUGAUAUAUCCUGGCAUCUAGAACAGCAUCUAUUUGAAGGAAUAAAUGAAGGCAGCUCUGAGACCACCAUGGAUACAAAAGGGAGUGUCUCAGUUCUCACCUCUAACCCACAGUUUAUCAAACCUUUUUUCCCAACUACUUACAAUCCUGUCCUCAAGAAGACCAGAAGCUUCUGGGAAGAACAACUGUCAGAAGUAAACACGAUCUGAAACACCCUAGGUAGUUACUAUCAAGUGUGCAAAGAAAAAGUGUCUAGGGAGUUCCCUGGUGGUCCAGUGGUUAGGACUCUGUGCUUUCACUGCUGCGGGCCCGGGUUCAAUCUCUGGUUGGGGAACUGAGAUCCUGCAAGCUGCGCAGCACGGCCACAAAAAACCCAAAAAACGUGUCUACAUUUGAGUAAAAUUUGGACACAGAUAAUAUUCAGUGAUUGGAAUGCAGUAAAGGGCAGACAUUUCAAACACACCUGAAGUCUUUUUACGCAUUAAGUUUCUUGUUAAAGAAUCACUGAGGUGCAUGAUUUCUAUUCAUACUGACUGCUCUACGUUUACAAAAGUACCUGGCUACCUGUGUUCAUGUGACGUAGUUGGGGAACAGGAGGUAAAUAAAAGAUCUUGCUGAAAACCAGAAAAACAAACAAAACCAAAAACAUUUCCCUUACCUCUGUAUAUUUGUGGUCUUAUUUUAGAUUUAGAUAUUGUAGGUUGUCGUUCUUGGAUCCUGCCUGCCCGGCCCACCCUUAAUCUGGCUCUGCACUCACAAUAAAGAUGGUCUUAGAGAUUCCUGCAGUAUUCUAAUACUCAAGUGCUACCACGCCCUGCAUCUAUCACCACAAUAUCGAUUCUUUUGCCCAGAAGCGGAUUACCUCUCCUUCUGGAUACGUCUUGGAUUGUUCUAGAAUAAGCUGUUCCUUCAGUAGCAGGCCUCCCGUCUGAAUGACUCAUUCUCCUUUUGGAUAUUCCUCCUUGCCCUUCUCUUUCAGGAGACUUUGAGGUUGGUUUUAUUCUUCGUGCUGUUUCACCUAAUGGGAGCAAGAUUUUCCCUUUUCCAAGUUCCUGGAGACUCUCACCUGGACCUCAACUGAUAAUGAUCCUCUCAAAUUCAUGAACAUUCUGGCACAGUAGCAUCUAGUACUGCAGAUCUGACAACUGAAUCUUAACUUCCUCUUUUCCACUGAAACCUUGGGAAUUCACACCAUGAAUGUAAAAGAAAAAUAACCGAGCUCUUUGGUUUCUCAUUAAACAAAAUAAGAUGCCUUACCAAAUGUAUUUAAAACCAGAAUUGUCCAUUUAUUAAUGAAGCAUGGCUUGUGUUGAACAAGACAAGCUGGGUCAAGCAUUUGAAGAUGCUUUUGAAGUACUGAGGCAGCAUUCAACUGGUGAUCUUCAGUACUCCUCAGAUUACAAAAAUUAUCUGGCUUUCAUCAACCACUGUUCUCAUGUCAGAGGAAAUUCCAACAGCUAUGGUGUGCUGCCCACAGAGGAACCGGUCUACAAUUGGAGAACAGUAAUAAACAGUGCUGCGGACCUCUAUUUUGAAGGAAAUAUUCAUCAGUCUCUGCAGAACAUCCCUGAAAACCAGCUGGUGCAACCUACUCUUCUCCAGCAAAAAGGAGGAAAAGGCAGGAAGAAGCUCCGACUGUUUGAAUACCUUCAUGAAUCCCUGUGUAAUCCCGAGAUGGCAUCUUGUAUUCAAUGGAUAGAUCAAACCAAAGGCAUCUUUCAGUUUGUAUCAAAAAACAAAGAAAAACUUGCCCAACUUUGGGGGAAAAGAAAAGGCAAUCGGAAGACCAUGACUUACCAGAAAAUGGCCAGAGCACUGAGGAAUUAUGGAAGAACUGGGGAAGUCAUCAAAAUCCGGAGAAAGUUAACUUACCAAUUCAGUGAGGCCAUUCUCCAAAGACUGUCUCCAUCUUAUUUCUUGGAAGAAGAGAUCUUCUACUCACAGUAUGUUCAACCUGAUCAAGGAUAUCUCAGUUUAAAUAACUGGAAUGCAAAUUAUAAUUAUACAUACGCCACUUACCAUGAUCUGAGUCACCCUGAUUGCUAAAUAUACUCUUAUAUAUCAAAAUUUUCUGGCAUCAGAAAUCCCUACAAGUUUUAGGAUUUUUCUCUGAAAGCAAAUACUGAAAAACAAAACAAAAAACCUAAACUUCAUUAUUGCUAUCUUUUAUGAAGUAGCGUAUAUAAUCUAUACUAACUUGGUGAAAAAUUUUGCCAGUGAACAACUUUAAAAUGAUCAAGUCCCAUUUGAAAAUAUAGACUAAAUGUCCUUCCUUCUAGAUUAAUAAUUCUAGUGGAGAUGCUUUGAUUUACAUAUUGAUUUAAACAUUAUUUUCCUGUCAUACACCUAGAGAAAAAAAAAUCAUUCUAACAUGUAUCCAACAGCUUUAGCAACAAAACAAAAAGUGAUUGCCUGUGUUAGUGUUCCUGCUAAAUUACAUUCAUGGCUUUAAAAAUUUCAGUGACUAAAACUAGAACUACCAUAUGAUCCAGCAAUUCCACUCCUGGGUAUACAUCCAAAGAAAAUGAAAACACUAAUUUGAAAAGCUAUAUGCACCCCAAUGUUCACAGCUGCAUUUUUUUUGGCCACACUGCCCAGCUUGCGGGAUCUCAGUUCCCUGAUCAGGGAUUGAACCCAGGCCUCUGCAGUGAAAGCGCAGAAUCCUAACCACUAGACUACCAGGGAACUCCCAUAGCAGCAUUAUUUAUAAUAGCCAAGAUAUGGAAGCAACCUAAGUGUCCACCAACAGAUGAAUGGAUAAAGAAGACGUGGUAUAUAUACACAAUUGAGUACUACGCAGCCAUAAAAAAAGAGUGAAAUUUUGUCAUUUGCAACAACGUGGAUGGACCUGGAGGGUAUUAUGCUUAGUGAAAUAAGUCAGGGAGAGAAAGACAAAUACUGUAUGUUAUCAUUUAUAUGUGGAAUCUAAAAAUUGAAACAAAUGAAUAUAACAAAAUAGAAACAGACUUAAAGAUAUAGAGAAAAAAUUAGUU